UUGUUUACUAUUAAUAAUAAUAAAAAUAGUAUUUAUUAAAUAAUUAUUUUUAAUUUAAGUGAAAUAUGUUGGAAGAUUCUAUAACGUCUAGUCCCUCCAAAUCAAAUAAAUCUAUACACGAAAGAAGACUAAUAAGAAAAAACAAAAGAAAAAAAGCGGAUGAAGUUUUGCCAAAUAAAAGUGAUCAUCGUUUGCAUAGUACUAAUCGCCAUAUGACCAUUUAUGACUUUUACAAAGAUUAUGAAGAAGAUUCAACAGAUAGCGAAUGUAAAGAUUUCACAUUUAUGGUUGCAAAGCCAUCGGCAAUAAUAAAAGACUAUAAACCAUUUGAAAAAGAAAAAGCUUUGGCCAUGGCUGAUCAUAUUUCUAUGCAUCAGAAAAUCAAUGAAAAUAAAACUAAUAUUUGGCCGGAAACUCAAGGAUUUUUAACGUGUUUAAAUUUAACGCAAUUGGAAAAAGAAAAACCCAAAGAUUUUAGUGAAAAUAAUAAAUCAAACACAUCCUUUAGUAUAACAGAAUCUGAAUUGAUUAGCUGCUGUAAUAAUGCAGAAAAAUCACUGGAAAAUGACACCGAAAAUAUCACAAUACAAGAUUUAACACCUAAGAAACAAGAUGAUAUGUUUUUGGUGAAUUCCAUACUGGAAGAUUUCUCGCUAUCACCCUUAAAAGAAGGCCAAAUAAUAGCGAAUACCUCUUACCAGCAUACACCGGAAUUCCGUUUGCGCAGAAUACCAACAAAAACCUACAGCAGUCGUAAAUUUAUAAAUACCACCAAAACAAAUCUUAACACACGAUUUGAAGAAUUAGCUACCGCAGACUCAGAAGACGAUGACCAUAGUAAUUGUUCGUCAUUAUCUGUAGAAGAAGAUGUUGCAAUGGCAGAAUUGUUAAACAAUCAACGACAGACUACGACAAACACAAGUAAUACACAACAUUUAUUAGAAAAUCUUUUAAAUUUAAGCGUAUAUUUUGCACAAAAUAGUCAAACGCAAAAUAAUUUAUCAGAUGAAAGUCGUUUUGAUUUGAAUGCUUCAUGUUUGAUCGAUAAUGAUCAAGAAAAUCGUUUGUUUUUCAAUAGUAUACCCGAUCUUCUUAAAGAUAUUCUUACUUUACGUUCCAAUAAUAACAAACGUUAUGAUUCAUUUAAUUCUUUAGAAGAUUUUCAUGGAUUUCCAAGUAAUAAUGAGCUGGAGAGUGAUGUUAUCGAUAUAGAUAAUACUGAAUUGGAUAUCAUGCAAACAACUUUACGACAUGAUUUAAGUGCAGUUGAUACUUCAGUAAUGGAUACAUCUUUUAAUGCAGAAGAAGUCUUUGAUGAUGAUUGUCAAGAUGUAUUGGCGGGUGUUAAUACUGAAGCUAUUUUACAACAAGAAAAUCUUGAAACCCCAAACAAUAGGAAAGAAACUGUUGAAGAAUUUACCAUUCCUCUAGUGCCAAAGGAUAUAGAGAAACCUGUCGAAAAUGAAAGUUUAAACCAUGAACCUCAGAAUUCCAUUGGUUUUAAAACAGCCUCAUCAAAACCAAUCAAAGUGUCUAGAGAAGCCCAUAUAAUGGCAGCUAAAAUAUUAAGUAAACUUCCUGAAAUACCACAAAUAAAUUUCGAACUUACAAACUGUGAUACUAAAGCUUUAAACAGAGAUGUAAAUAUUUUUGAAAAUCCCGAAAACUAUGAGUGGAAUGAUGACUGUGAUUUAUUUUUAAAUAUUCAAACACCUACUGCCUUAAAUGAGCCGCAACAACAACAACAAAUAAAUACAAAUGAACUGCAGCAUAAACCUGCUGCAACGAAUAUAGCCUCUUUAGGAUUUAAAACUGCUGGUGGCAAAAAUGUUCAUGUGUCCAGAAAAGCUCAAGAAUCUGUACAAAAUCUUUUAAAAGAAUUUACGAGCAAUGUUACCCAGGAUCACUUUGAUUGCGAAGAGGAAUUAAAAGAAUUGAAAUGUAAAGUAUAUGCAAAAUCUCAUAAUUUUGAAUGCAAACAAUCAUCUUUAAGUAAUGCGGAAGCGAUUAGGAGAACAAAAGAUAUGCAGGAUUUUGAGAAAGAACAAGUUUUUCCUAGUACCUCGAAAAUGGCCUCAAUAGGAUUUCAAACAGCUGGUGGUAAAAAUGUACAUAUUUCUAAAAAAGCUCAAGAAUCUGUACAAAAUCUUUUAAAAGAAUUCACGAGCAAUGUUAGCCAGGAUCACUUCGAUUGCGAAGAGGAAUUAAAAGAACUCAAAAGUAAAGUAUAUGCAAAAACUCAUAAUUUUGAUCACAAAAAAUCAUCUGUAAGCAAUGUUGAAGCAAGAAAGAGUACAAAUGAGUUGCAGGGUUUUGAAAAGGAGCAAGCUUUUCCUAGUACCUCGAAAAUGGCCUCAGUAGGAUUUCAAACAGCUGGUGGUAAAAUUGUACAUGUUUCUAAAAAAGCUCAAGAAUCAGUACAAAAACUUUUAAAAGAAUUUACAAGCAGUGAUCCACAGGAUAAUUUCAACUACGAAGAACAAUUAAAAGAAAUUAAAAGUAAAGUUUAUGCAAAAACUCAUAAUUUUGAAUCUAAGGAAUCCGCUUUCAAAAAUACCAAAGAUAAUGAUCAUAAAAUUUCCUUGCAAACUCAAGAAAAUGCUGAAAAGAUGUUAAAUGAAAUUUGUAUGGAAGCUGAAGAGAAUUUCGAAAAUAAUAGAAAUCUUCACACAGAAUACAAAGAAAACUUAAGUGAAGGUCCUUUGGCGAAACAAUUUGAAACUGAAAUUAUGAAAAAUAUUGGAUUUCAGACAGCUAAAGGCAAACAAAUUACAGUUUCAGCUAAGGCACAAAAAACUGUUGAAAAACUUUUACAAGAUUUUAAUACAGAUUUAGAUAUAGAAAAAUAUGAAUAUGAUUUAAUAGAAAUGAAAAGUAAAAUGCAAAUUAAUAACAAGGAACUACAGCACAAUAAUGGCCAGUCAAAAUCUAGUCAAACAAAUGCCAAUGAAGAUUCUACAAUUUCUAAAAAUCUUACACCUAAACCAAACAAACGAAAAAAUUCGAUAGACAAUAGUGUUACAGCAACACCAGGAUGUAGUUCCACGCCCCCGGCUAAAAUAUUAAACAAAGAUUUACAUAACUUAAAAUCAUCAUCACCCCGAUCACCUCAAACGGUAAUAUCGAGAAAAAAUCUUUUAUCUUUAUCAAAAAGACAUAGAAAUAAAAGAAACUCUUUAACCAUGAAAAGAGAAGAAAUUCCUAAACUUUAUAAAGAAAAAUACGAUUUAAAUGUGAAUGCCUCAACUCCUAUUAAAACAUCAGUUUCCUUAGCUAUUAAUGCACACACACCAGCUACACCAAAUUUAAAAGAAUUCAUUUCAAAUGCAGCCUUAACAUCAACACCUCGUAUUAACAUUACAACAGAGUCACCACAAACCAUUAAAGAUACCGAUUUUAAACCUAUCAACUGGAAAGAUAAUCAAUCUAUUACAAAUAAAUCUGCUAAUAAUUCCACUGCUCAUACCACCAAACUUUCCGAAACCUCAUCAUUGAAUAUUACCUUAAAUUCUUCAAAUCCUACAGCCCAGGAACGUAUAGGUCGUUUAAAAAUGUACGGUAAACCGCCGGCCGUUUCACCUAUACUUAUAGAAACUCAUCAUAGCUGUCGUCCCUCAGGCUUAAGACGUACUCGUAGCAUGCUUAAGAAAACGGAAAAAUAGUAUUUCUUAGUUUUUAAAUAAUUUUCUAAAUGUAUCACUAUUGUAGUACAAUAUCUAUGUAUACCUCCCUUUAAUAUAAAAAGUCUAUACUAUAUUUAUUUAUUUUAUAUAUAAAUACAAAGUACCUAUCAUUUGUGUACACGUUCUUCUUUACUAUUUGUAUUUUCAUUUCAUUUCAUUUUGUUUUUUUUUCUAUUUCUGUUUUGUCUACUUGUUUUGUUUAAUCUUUGAAUUUAAUUUAAUUAACUUCAUGUUUUUGUUUACGAAGUUUUGCAAUUCAGUCACUAAACAGUUGGUUUCAAUAACAAACACACUUCUCUAGAUAACUUUUUUAAUCAGAAAAUAUUUUUUUAAAUAAUAAACGUACUGUAAGUUACAUCACAAA